AUGACGGCGACCGACACUACAUCCUCUACAUCCUCCUCAAAAUCGAUGCAAACGUUCCUCGACGAGUGCGCGUUGAUAAAAAAACAGCAUCGACAAAGUUUCAACGACUUUUCGUUCCUUCGAGUAUCUCCGCUGGCGUUCGUGAAACCACUGCGUAAGGACGACGAUUCAGACGACGAUGUGAACAACAAGAGAGCAAAAAUGAGUGCAAACAGAGAGACGAAAAUACUAAACGAGCUGGAGAUGUGCGAGCGAACGGGAGACGUGGUUUUUAGAGCUUCUUCGAAGAUGAAAAACGAAUGCGUUUUUCGUCUGAAUUCACUUUCCGUGGCCGAGGAGGAAGAGAGAAGAGGAAGAAGAGGAAGAGAAAAAAUAAUCGCGUACCGAAUGAAGAUUUGGACUUUAACGGACGAGAAAGAGAAGAAGGUGGUGUUGUACGAUAAUUUAACAACAGAGGAGGAUACUAUGAAUAGCAGUAAUAGGAGUAAAAGUAGUUUUAAGAAGAGUAAGAAACUACUCCUGGCGCGCGUAGACGCGGAUCCGAACCGAACGAGCGACGGGUUUCAGUUGAGAGGAGUGAGUUUGGCGCUCGCUGCAGAGGCGGAGAGACUUUCGAGGACGAACUCUACCUCUAAGGAGGAUGAGAACGAUGGUGAUGGUGAUACGCUUAAAAUUGAGAUGACAUCAAACGUGGCGUUCAAACACCCGUCGAUGAAUAGAAAGAGCGAUACGUUCAGAGAGAUUUUUAAGGACGUGGACGCGAACGCAAAAUUGGCGUGCGAAGCGCGUUUAGUUGAAGCGUUUGAGAUUAUAGAGAUUCACGAACUAUCCACGUACGAGAAAUCAACAUUCGCUGAUCGUGAUAAAGACGACAACGACGAAAAAAAUGCACGAGUAGGAAUAGAAAUAGAAGUAGAAGUAGAAGAAGAGAGACGAUCGAGAUGUGCCGUUUUGAAGAGGGUCGUGGUCCCGGGCGAAAGUUGGGAGACGCCUUCGGAUUUUUCAGAAAUCUCGCUGAGGAUAAACGACAUGAAUGGUAAAAGUAACGCGCACACGUUCGUUUUGAAAAGACACGAGAGUAAGAAGGAUUCCUACGAGAGAUUCGUGAUGGCUUUGGUGAGAACGAUGCGAAAGAAGGAGACGUCGGUUGCGUUCGUUCCCAAAGAACGCUUCCUCGAUUUCACGUUCCCGCAACACGAAGAGGUGGGGAAGGUUAUCGAUGCGAUACGUAAAAAUAACAACAACUCCUACGAUUACGAAGACUACGUCGCGAUUGAAGUGCACUUGAUUGAUUGGGUGAGCGCGAGAGACUGUUUCGGAGACGGAAAAGUCAUAAAAACGGUGCUGGAAAAGAGGGAUCCGUCGAAGAGUUUUCCGAACGAUUCUCCCGUGCAAGAUACGAAAGUGUACAUUUCCAAUCUCCGCGCGAGCGCGAAAACCACAUCAGGGACUGAAGGUAUAAUAGGCACCGACAAAAACGAGCAGCAUCUAAUUGGCGAAGACUUUUCGUUUCGAUUAGCGUCGGGAGAGAUGCCGCGUGCUUUAGAAACCGCGCUCCGAACCGCGUGCAUUGGCGAAACUAUUCGCGUGACUGUAGAUGUGCGAGAAGAAGAAAGGACAGCGUUUGCGCUCAAACAACGAAAGGAAAGGAUGCGCGCGUAUUUAGACUCGUACGUAUUGAGUGAUACGUUAACCAAACUGGUAUCUCGAGACGACGACGAGCAAAAUCUGCUCAAAGCUGAGGAUGGUGGUUUUCGACUCGUGCAAGUUACGUUUGAGUGCACUUUGACGGGCUUUGAUAAGAUUGUCAAUUGGUACAGCGACGCCGUCGCCGUUUGCAUCAAAGACGGCGAAGAUUUGAAAACGGACGCGAACGCGCUGUUCAAAAACGGUAUGCUCAUCGAAGCGUUGGAAAAGUACGAAAGCGUGGCGCAAAAGUUGAAUCAGCUCGCCUCGCGCGUGUUGCUCGAAGAAGAAGAAGGAGAAGGAGAAAAGUACGAACCUCGGAUCGUCGCUUUGAGAAACAACGUGCUCUUGAACGCCGCGGUAACGGCAAAGAAGUUGAGAGAUUACACCGCCGCGAGGAAAAGCUUGGAGAAAAUUCCGGAAAAUGAGAGAUCGUUCAAGGCUAAAAUGUUAAAAGGGUGCAUUUUUCUCGACGAGAACGAAUUCGAUUUGGCCAAGGAAGCGUUCCGAGAGUUGCUGACCGAUAUCGCCGCCGACGAAGACGAAGAUGAAGUGACUAAAGACGAAAAGAAGAAAGAGCUAGAGAGAGAGCUUGCGCGCGUGAAGCAACUCGAGAAGCGGGCGUUGGAGGAGAUGCGAAAUAAGUUUCGAGGUAAGCUGUAA